CCUGCCUAUACUACUGUUCCCGUUCGUCAGGGCUUCGGCUCGUAUGUGCCGCCGCCGCCGCCGCCCCCUGGAUUUGCCGGAUACGCCCCUCCUCCCCCCACAGGCCAAAUGCACGCGGCACCUCCCGCAGUGAGCCAGACUGCGAAGCCUGAUCAAUCCAAAGGCAAGGUCCAGUGGCCUCCUGCAGUCCGAGAAUAUGUGUCUCGAUCCUUUCUCCCGGAGAAUGACGUGCCCGGUGUUACACGCCCUGAAGUGGAGGCCAAGCUCAAGGAGAUCAUCCGUUCUCAUACUGAAGGCGGGACUCUCUGGGAAGCAGACUGGGCUUCGAUGCCCUCUCCUCAGGAGCUUGUGAAGAGGGACCAGCAGAAGGCGGCGGCGGCUUCUGCCAAGUCUCUGCCCAACCCCAAGAAGCGGAAGUCUGCCGAGUUUUCUGGAGACGGGAGCUCCCAGGCGCCGUGGAAUACUACUAACAUGCGACGAUCACUCGGAGAACGAAUCACGUCACCGGAAAAGCGCUCAAAUGUCGACGACUCGAAACCAAGUAAGUUCCAGAAGGAUGCCAAUAAACGGAAGCGACGGUUCGAAAACGAAUACAAGGCGUUCCGGUCACCCAGCCCGCCACCGCCAUCCUCAGGCCCUAUCGUGGGGACAUGUGAGGUUCUGGAGAAGAAGUAUCUCCGCCUCACUGCCCCACCGGUGCCGUCAAAGGUCCGACCUGAGCGGGUGCUCCGACAGACGUUGGAUCUUCUGAAAAAGAAGUGGCGCAAGGAGGGCAACUACUCGUACAUCUGCGACCAGUUCAAGUCUAUGAGGCAGGAUCUCACGGUCCAGCAUCUCAAGAACGAAUUCACGGUGUCGGUGUACGAGAUCCACGCGCGGAUAGCCUUGGAGAAGGGGGAUAUUGGUGAGUAUAAUCAGUGCCAGACCCAGCUCCGGUCCCUGUAUACGCUGGGUCUGAAGGGCAAUCCCGUCGAGUUCAAGGCAUACCGCAUCCUCUACUUCAUCCACACGGCCAGCCGGACCGGCCUGAAUGAUGCCAUAGCAGAUCUAACCCCGGCGGAGAAGACGGAACGGCCCAUCAAGCAUGCGCUUGAUGUCCGCUCCGCCCUCGCUCUUGGAAACUACCACAGAUUCUUUCAGCUCUACAUGGACACGCCCAACAUGGGGGCAUAUCUCAUGGAUAUGUUCAUCGUGCGGGAGCGUCUUGCGGCCUUGUGUAACAUUUGCAGAGCAUACAAACCCGAUGUGAAGCUGCGCUUUAUCACGGAGGAGCUCAGUUUUGAGUCCGACGCCGAUGCGGCGCAGUUCAUCAUCGACCAUAAUGGUCAGCACCUUCUGGAAGAGCGCAAUGACUCUAUCCGCUUCCUGUCGGGCAAAGCCGGCACCCUUUUUGAAGGUGCUAAGACUUCUGCCUUCCAAAGGGUGGAUAUCAAAGGGCAGAUCUAA